CUGUGCUGGAGCACAGUCUGAAUUGGGACUGCUCUCUGCGCUGGAGACGAACAACUCACCUCCAGGGGCGCGCAGCGAGCGGAAUUUACCCCCACCCCACGCCGCCGCCGCGAGGCAGCCUCCAAGCCGGCGCCGCGCCCGCGACAGCCACGCCGAGGGCCAAGCCCUCCCGAUAAUGAUGCGCUGCCUCCUCCUCCUCGUCCUCCUGGCAUGGUCCACCGAGGCCGGCUUCCGCAUGGAGGGCUACGAUUCGGGCGAGCCCGGGAGCGGCCCGUGCGAGAGCCACACGCUGUCGUGGGCCGACGCCCACUGGACGAACCUCCAGAAUCCGCACGAAAGUGUUGACGAUGUGGCCUGCCUCGACAUCUACGAGGACGAAAUCCCCGUGAGCAUGAGGAUCGACGCGUCGGCGUGUUCAGCAUGGUCAUCAGAGUCGAAAAUCUGGAUGACGACGUACGACAGCCACGGCUGCGGCAACGACCUGGACGCGUCGUUUAAUUUUACCGAUGGCCAGUGCCGCAAGCAGGAGACGGACCCGUGGUCCUGCUUCUUCUACCAGAACAACGCGUUUCACUACGGCCGCUGCUGGAACAUCUUUUCGGUUCGUUUAUCGUGCUGGGACGGGUCCCAUCCCACGAGCGACGACGACGACGACGCGCCGGCCACGGCGUCUACCGAGGUCCUCGUCGUUAUAGGUGUCCUGCUCUUACUCGUGGGCGUCGGCGCGGGCGUCUUCGUGUCCCGACGGCGGCCGGCGCCGGAGGCGCCGGCGGUCAUCCAGAUGGCGACGCAUGUUGUGGUCGACGACGGCCAGAUGGCCAAGGCGGACCCCGAGUCCCCCGCCGCACCACCGAUCGUCGCGAGCGCGGAGGAGGUGCCCGCGCCGGUCUGGACCUGA